AUGAGUAGAUACUAUUCACUUGAACACAACCCUGAUGUGAUCCCUCCUAAUGAUAGCAUCCACUGUCCUACUUAUUGGUGCGGAAUGCGAGUUGCAUCCUUCAACGAUUAUAUUUCGGUGUCUCAAUUAAGAGGAAUAGGGCUCUUUAGUUCGGUGAUUAAUGUUCGUGUAUCAGACACCGUGAGGAAUCUACAGAAUCAUUUUGGAACUACAGUAGCCAGAACUUACUGUAGACGAUGUGAAAAGAUGAUCGGGUGGAAAAUUAUUGCAGUCCAAGAACCGCAUAUGUAUAUUAUAGAAGGGAGAUUCUGUAUGAGAUUGUACAAGCUUACUUUUUCAAAUUUUGUACCGAUGAUUCGUUCAAUCCAGGAACAAAAUUUCCAGGCUAAUGAGGAAAAUGCAGAUCAAGAUGCAGACACAACUGAUGAAGAUGGAGACUCUGAUGAUCCAGAUUUUAGCACUAAUGAGAAAAAUGCUGAUCAAGAUGCAGACACAACUGAGGGAGAUGGGGACUCUGAUGAUCCAGAUUUCAGCGCUAAUGAGCAAAAUGCUGAUCAAUAUUUAGGUGCUAAUGAGCAAAAUGCUGAUCAAGAUUUAGUCACUAAUGAGCAAAAUGCUGAUCAAGAUGGAGACGCUAAUGAUCAGGUUCCUAAUGAACAAGAAGUGGGCGCUAAUGAGCAAAAUGUUGAUCAAGAUAGAGACUCAGAUGAAGAAUAUGAUUAUGCUAUUUCUACUUACUUGAUGUAUACCCUCGGUGAAAAUGAUGAUCAAGAUGGAGGCACUAAUGAGCAAAAUGUUGAUCAACAUGGAGUCGCUAAUGAGCAAAAUGCUGUUCAACAUGGAGGCGGUAAUGAACAGAAUCAUGAUCAAGAUGGUGGCCCGCCAAUGAAACGAAUGAAGACAUAG